UGCCUGAGGCAGACCGGUCUGAGCAGCGCUAGCUGGGGACAAGACUAUGGAGCCCGUGCCGCUGCAGGACUUCGUGAGAGGCCUGGACCCCACCUCCCUCCCGCGAGUGCUGCGGGUCUGCUCCGGAGUCUACUUUGAAGGUUCCGUCUAUGAGCUCUUUGGGAAUGAGUGCUGCCUCUCCACGGGGGACCUGAUCAAGGUCACCCAUGUUCACCUCCAGGAGGUAGUGUGUGAGGACCCAGAGACGGGUCAGAGCUUGGAGCUCAGCCUCAAAUUCACAGGUCUCUUCAGCCCACUCACCAGCCGGCAGAGCUACAGAACCCUGGAGGACCUCAUUUCUGCCAUGCCUCAGAACGCCACACAAUGGCCCAUCUUCUUCAAGUCAACUCAGAGAAUUGUCACAGAGGCCAGUGUGGUGCCUGAGGACCAGCUCCUCAGGCUCGAGGCUGUGGAAAUGCACCACGGAACCCGCUAUGCCCGCUGCGCCCUGCCAUCAAAGACCCAGGAGGCCACCCUUUACCUGCCCCUUUCUCAGAAGGGACCCUUCUGGAGAUGCAAGCCCGGUGCCCCACAAACCAUCCUCCAGAUCCUGCAGGACCCUGCUAUGACGGACCUUCAGUUUACCUGCCCUAGCCUACCCUGGCGCUCUGUGAUCCUAAAGCCCCAGUAUAUGCUCCAAGCCAUCAUGCACAUGCGCAGCACCAUCGUCAAGAUCCCGUCUACCCUGGAGGUGGAAGUAGAAGAUGUCACCAGCUCCUCCCAGCACGUCCACUUCAUCAAACCCCUGCUGCUGAGUGAAAUCCUGGCCCGGGGAGGCCCCUUCCCUCUGUCCACGGAGAUCCUGGAGGUUCCUGAGGGACCAACCAUGUUGCUCAGCCCAUGGGUGGGAUCUCUCCACAAAGGCCAGAGGCUCUGCAUCUAUGGCCCAGCCUCACCACCCUGGAGGGUUGUGGCCUCAAGCAAGAGCCGGAAAGUGCCCAGAUACUUCAUCCUCUCUGGGGCCUACCAGGGCAAGCUCAGGAGGAGGCCAAGAGAGUUCUCCACGGCCUAUGACCUGUUGGGCGCUCUCCAGCCAGGCAGGCCCCUCCGGGUGGUGGCCACAAAAGACUGCGAUGCGAACGAGGAGGAGCAUCCUGAGUUCUCUUUCCUGUCCGUGGGUGAUCGGCUGGAGGUGCUGAGGUCAGGCCAGGUCUGUGGGACCCAAGGGCAGGACAUAGAUGUCCUGAUUUGUCAGCGGCUGAAUGAGCAGGCCGGGGAGGAAGAGGACGAGUUGGAGGAAGAAGAGGAGGAGGCAGAUGAGGACAAAGAACAGAUUUUGCUACCCUUCUACCUCUCUGGUGGCUUUGUGGAGGAGGUCAAUGACAGCCGGCGCUAUACUCUAGCGGACCUCACAGCCCAGUUCUCCCUGCCCUGUGAGGUUAAGGUGGUGGCCAAGGAUCCCUGUCACCCCUCUGAUCCUCUGGUUUCCUUCCCGGGCCUGCGGCUGGAGGAGAAGCUCACAGAACCCUUUUUGGUGGUAGGCCUAGACUCCCAGCCAGAAUCGGGCUUUGAGAUCCCUCCCCGGUGGCUGGACCUGACUGUGGUGGAGACUGAGGGCCAGCCAGGCCAGGGGGCUGGGCCACUAUCUGUUGCUACAGUGGAGGAACUGUCGGAAUCCUUUUACUACAGCCUCCGGAAGCUGCCAGCCUCCGAGAGCCAGGCUCCCCCACCUCGGCCCCCAAAGAGCCUGGGCAUCAGCAAGCCGAAGCAGAGCAAAAACAACUAUCAGGAAGGUGAUUUAAAGCCUCAAGUUGUAGGACCAGAGCAAACCUGCCCACUGCCUGAACUCAAAGGGAAGACCUUGGAAAACCUCCCCAAGAACAAAUCCAAUGUCUACAACAAGAUUUCUGUCAAGAAGAAACCCAGUCCCCAAAUACAGGAUUCAGUGCUGGGUAUGAAACCCAAAUCCUCGAGCACGCUCAGCAAAACCUCCACCACCGAGUCACACCUUCCGCCUGACCCAGACAUGGCUGACCAUGACUAUGAAGAAAUCUGA